UAAACGACAUACAUGAAUCAUAGCAUUACACUUCCCGGUGGAGGGUAUUUGUCAAGCCAAGAGAAAGAAAGAGAAUCACAAUGCACAGCCAUCAAAGAGAAGACAGCUUUGUUAUACAAAUAAGAGGAAGUAACAAUGAAGCCAUAUAUCAUCAUCAAGCUAGCACUACUUCUGUAUCUUCUUCUUCCAAGUUAAACUUCUCUGCAAUGAAGCUUUUCAAUCGCUUUCGUAAAAUUCUUAUGAGACUCUUGUUUUCUAUCCCUAAUUCUCAUCAUCAUCAUCAUCAUGGUUCUUCAGGAACAUCAAAGCAAAGAAGCUGCGACAAAUUUGAUCCUCCAAAAACUUCAUGCAGCUCUUAUUACUCUUCCCAGUCACACUACAGUGAAGCUAUUGCGGAUUGCAUUGAGUUCUUGAAUAGGUCUUCUCAAGAAGGGAUUUUAGAUGGUAGAAAAUCUGAUGUCAUGGUUUGAUUCCCUUGGUUUUCUAUUUAUUUGUGCUACUUUGCUUUUCAUUUUAAA